CGGUUUACGCGGAACCGGUACGAAUGGCGUCGCUGAUUGGCUGCUUCGUAGCAGGUGACCUAAAACAGGUAUGCGGAAUGGGCAACGCCUCUAGCGACGGCGUACAUUUGAAGUCGACAGUCAACAAAGGGUCGCAGAACAUAUACAUUUGGCUAUGUAAUGUUACUUUGCGAGUGAACGAUGACCCCUAGGUCAUAAUCACCGCUUACGCAACAGCUGUGCUCGGAAAACGACAGGUAUCUACGACACGUAAAGAACGAUCAUGCCGCUUCUGAGUCGCUGCUGGACGCCUUUUCUCCUGUACCACUGGACCAACCUCCGCUAUGGGAGUUUCUACGCUGCGAUGUACACAGCAGUGUACCAUGUGUUAUUCAUAUUCUAUGCCAUAUAUGCCGUCAGCGGGGGAAGAACUGACUAUUUCUUCAGCCCGUACUUCGAGCUUUCCAUGAAAGGAAUAUAUGCUGCAGCAGGUUGCACCAUGGGGUUUGGAGUUGUCUUCCUUCUCUUCACGUUAAUGUUAGUCAUAGGCAUCAAACGUGAUAACCGUUGCCUCUUCUUCCCAUGGAUUAUAUCUGUUGUCAUCGAAAUCCUUCUCAUGAUUGCCGUAGGACUGUGGUACAUCGGCCGCUAUUACAGAAAUCUUUACUCCGUACUGGCUGCAAUCAUCCUUUGGUGCAUUGACGGUGUCCAUGUCUACUGCUUCAUGUGCGUUAUCUCACACUACCAGGUGGUCCGUGACCUCCAGGAGCCGAAGUUCCAGAUUCUGUACCCAUAGUUCCGCAUCUAGUUGUUCAGACUGCAGGAAAACUGGACAAAUAUUUACACCAACCACACAUUCAAUUUCUACUCCUCCAUCUUUUUGGAGUGUGCAAAGAACAUGCUCAGGAAGCAUAUCGAUUAGAUGAUAUCUGAAAUCCCCUAAGAAGGCAGAGAUGUGCACAUAGCUAUACUGGUGACGGCAAUGUGGUAGAACUUGAACCAAUAGAAAGGGACAAGCUAACAGCAAAAAAGGAGACCAACCCACGUGCGAAUGCUCCUUGCUAAGUACAGCCUUUGUCAAAAGAAACAGUCUCUAUGUAUCCAAUUUGCAGAUGAUUUCCGAAGUGUUCAGUUGACCUGUUGGCAUCUACAGUGCAGAGAACUACCACCAUCACCCUCUACAGCUUUCUAUUGCCACUAGUUCCCCUAGUGUGGCACAAAACAGCCAGAAGUUGGCAACACAUGCUGCUAGUGGCUUUGUUUCUUUUGACAAAUGAUGUACUUUCUUGGAGUGCGAGCACCUAGGUUCAAGCAUGGUAGCAUUCCAGUUGUGCAGAAGAAUGUGCCUAGAGAAUUUUGCACACUGUCUAUAAUGAAUUUUGGCUGAAACUGCACAUAAUUCUUGGUGCAGAGGCUUACCAUAAGAAGACGCCUUCUACGAUUUAAUUGUUUAGUUUUACACCACAAGACAAUUUUUUUGUCCACGCAUGGGCAUACAUCACUGCCUCCCUCUUGCAUAUCUGUAUUUACAUAUAUAUAUAUAUAUAUAUAUAUAUAUAUAUAUAUAUAUAUAUAUAUACAUAUCCUGAAAAAGAAAAUGCAGCUUGCUUAUCUAUGAGCAUUCAUGCUCAAAUAUCACACAGAGGUGGGACGUUGCAGUGGACACUUUUCAAUAGCGGCAAAAUGUGACGCAAGCUGCGUUUCACUGUUACAGCUAUAGAUAGCGCCACCAUUUGGUUCCUGCAAAUCCUAUGUUUUUUGUCUGUCACUGCUGCAGACAUGUACUACAGAUUUAUUCUUGACAAAAUAGGCAAGGAACAGAAACAAGCACGGUAUAAGCUGCACAUACUGCAGAACAACUUAUGUGUGAAAUUUAAGCAUGAACGAGCCGGUAGGUAAGACGGAAGAACCUUGUAAUAGCUGGCUCCCCUGCUUAUGCAGCAUUUUGUACAAGCAGUGAUGCAUGUUGCAUUCCAUUGUCAUUCCGUCCAGUUUAUACAUGGGAGAAAGAGGUCUCACAUUUGCAAUGUAUACACAUCCUACUUGUUUUGCAGCUAUAGAGUUUAGCACAUUUGCACAUUGAGCCGCCAUUUGAGGUAAGUCACAGUGCUAAAAAAAUUACCAGAGGCUAAUUAAUGAUCUGGCACUAGGGUGGACAAGAGCACUGGUUGAACCAACAUGGGAAUGACAGAAACACAUGACCGUUAUAGAAAUUGCAGUGAAAUGUCCUUGCAGCUUUCUGCAUUAUCCUUCUUCAAGCUAAUGCAUUGUGAUCUGUAGUAUAUUUAAAGAUUUUUCCAACCUCCGA